UAGGACUGCACUUCUCAGCGCUACAGAGGGUUGGCGAACUGUCUGUCGAGGGCACUAAUCUGUUGAGAAGCUUUCGUUUUCUUCAUAUCUAUCCACUUUCACCCAGGACAGUUGAUUUAGUAUUCAACCUACACGGUUUACACCACGAAUGUUACUGCGUAUGGCUGCUUCUAACGGACAGUAAAGAGAACUCAAUUUACGUAACGACGUACUGUAAAAGACUAUCAUAUCAGAAAAACGUUAAAACAAAUCGAACACAAGAACUUGAGGACGUCGACCUCCUGGAAAGCUUUUCAGAUGUUCACCACGCAGGCAAGACGUUAACCCAAAACGUUAAUCCACGGUUCACUGACGCCCUGCGAUAGGAUGGCGCAGUGGAAACAGUUGCAGCUGCAGCUGCAGUGCCUGUCCCACCAGCACCUGAAUGAGCUCUACCCCCCCACCUUCCCCAUGGAUGUCCGCUGCUACCUGGCUUCCUGGAUCGAGGAACAGUGCUGGGAUGAGAUCAUCGACAGUCCGGAUCAGGAUGCUCGGGCGUUGGGGUUGUUGGAGCAGAUCAUCUCUCUCCUGCAGAGAAUCUCACAGGACAGCAGCAAUGUGGUGGAGAAGAUGCGGCUGCAGCAGAUCUCCAGGAACAUGAAUGUCUACCGAUCUCAGCCUCUUCAGCUGGUGAAGACGGUCCAGAACACCCUAAACAAAGAGAGAAUCCUGCUCAACCAUGUACUCCCCACUUUCUCCCCCUCCACCUCACAGGCGUCAUACUUCCCCUCUCCACGUGCCUGGGCUGGGCCAGCCAGCUUUGAGUCCCUGCAGGUUUCCUUGGCGUCCAACAUGAGCAACGGUCUGGACGCCAAUUCAUCAGAACAAAUCAAGAAACUCCAGAGCCGCAUUCAGCAACUUGAAUUUAACGGGCAGGAAAUUUCCAAGAAGCGCCUGCAGCUCCUGCGGGAGGCGGUGGACUGCCUGGAACACUGCCAGGCUCGCCUCCUCCAGCGGAUAAAGUCCUGGAGGAGGGAGCAGCACCUGGCCUCCAUUGGGGCCCCUUUCGACGAUAACCUGGGGCCCCUGCAGACCUGGUGUGAGCAGUUACUUGGCGUGAAUGUUAAACUCAGACAGGAAAUUAUUCUUGUGGGGCGGGACUGUCCAGGCGGGGAGCCAAUCACAGAGCUGCAGGAGAGGCUCGGUCUUCUGCUCCAGACACUAAUCCAGAGCUCCCUGAUGGUGGACAAGCAGCCCCCGCAGGUGAUAAAGACGCAGUCCAAGUUCUCCACCACCGUGCGCUACCUGCUGGGGGAGAAGGUGACCCCAGGGAAGCCCGUUCUGCUCAAGGCCCAGAUCAUCACCGAGAUGCAGGCCCGGAGCCUGGGCCAGCUGGGCUCCAUCCCCACGGAAAACGUUGGCGAGCUGAUCAACAACUCGGCCAUCUUGGAACACAACACGUCCACCAAGAGCACUUGCGCCACCUUCAGGAACAUGUCCAUAAAAAAGAUUAAGAGGGCGGACAGGAGGGGAUCGGAGUCGGUGACUGAAGAGAAGUUUGCGCUCCUUUUUUCCAGUGAAAUCAGUAUCACGGGGUGUGACAUGCCCUGCUGCAUGCAGGUGAUCUCUCUUCCCAUCGUUGUGAUCGUUCACGGUAGCCAAGACAACAACGCUCUGGCCACAAUCAUAUGGGAUUGUGCCUUCUCUGAACCAGACCGGGUACCGUUCGUGGUCCCUGAGCGGGUGCCCUGGAAGCAGAUGUGUCUGACCCUGGACAGUAAGUUCCGGUUAGAGGUGCAGACGCAGCGCAGCCUGGACCCCUACAACCAGCACUUCCUCGCACAGAAGAUCUUCGACAAGCCCGACAUCUCCGGAGACUUCAGCAACAUGCUGGUGUCCUGGGCCCAGUUCAAUAAGGAAGUGUUGCCAGGGCGUUCAUUCACCUUCUGGCAGUGGUUUGAUGGUGUGAUGGAGCUCACCAAGAAACACCUGAAGAGCUACUGGAGUGAUAAGCUAAUUUUCGGUUUCAUCGGGAAGCAGCAGCUGCACCUCAUCCUGCAGGACCGCCCAGACGGAACCUUCCUUCUCCGCUUCAGUGACUCAGAGAUCGGGGGGAUCACCAUCGCCUACGUCUCCUCCUGCGAGAACAGAGGCAGGAGAAUACAGAACAUCCAGCCCUUCACCAAAAGGGACCUGGAGAUCCGUUGCCUGGGCGACCGCAUCCGGGACAUCGAGUUCAUCACGCACGUGUACCCGGACUCGCCCAAAAACGACGUGUUCAAGAAGUAUUACACAGACGACCCUCAGCCUUACAACAGCGGCUACAUCCCCAUCUCCAUCCAGACCAAGGUGGCGGCAGGGGAGACCUCGUCCCCCACGUCUUCAGCGGCGGAGAUGCCACAGGACCCCACGAACAGGCUCAGUUACCCCGCAAACGCUCUGUAUUCCACCAUGAACCAGCAAGGUAACGGAGUCUUCAGCCCAAGCCAGCAGUUCCAGACCCCCUACCCCACGGACAUCGACGUUUCAGGGGUGCCCUACCACAACCCUCUCAGCAUCAGUCCUCUACAUGACAUGGCACAGGGUAACACUCCCACAACCGACGACAUGGAGCUGGACGAGAUAUUCGCCACAGGGAUAUACGAAAUGCCAUAGCGUGGACACAGCUUCCUACAUUGCAAGUUGACUCCUGCACCAAUCAAACAAACCCAAAAAAUGCCUUCCCUUCCCUGUGGGAUACAGAGGACCAAUCAGCGACAGGAGAUACGUCGUGCCUGUACAGAAACGCUACUUUCUAUUUUUUCUUUUUACUUCAUUUUUGUUCUCUUGCCGUAUCAUAAUGUCUUGUUUUAGGUUUACCUAAAAUUCCACGUAUCUGAAGACGGGGGUUGCGGCACCGUAUAACUCAACCACAACCCACCACAAUGUCCCGUGCUUUGCUCUGAUUGGGCGUCAGUAGUGUACAGUACUUUUGCCUCUGUCUGCCUCUACUUCAGCCAGAAUGCCUUUUUCAAUUAUAUAUUUCACAUAUCAAAAUAUCAGACUAUACACUGGUUGAUUUAUGUUUCAAAAUUGUUACAUAUAUCUUUGAUAAAAAUAUAUAGAAAUAAAGUUUUUACUCAUCUGUA